AUGCUUCCCUUCUUUUUUGUUGUCUCCGCAGCAUCCGUUCCGACUGUCAGAAAACUCGCUGACGUUGAUUUACCUCCGCUGCUAAAUGGGUUAGAAAAUCAAAGCAAAACCACAGGAAGUUAAUCGAUUGGCGCUUAGAUUGCGAGUUGAGUUCGCUGGAAACUGGGUGGGUAGAUCCCUCUGUUUUGUGGGAGUAGGAGGAUCAAAUUUCUUGUUACUAGAAAGUCAGAAUCUUAAACAAAGCAAAAAUGGACAACUCAGCUUUAAACUGUAUGUUCAAACUAAUUGUUUUCCUCUGGAUCGUCCUCCACUGCGACGGUGCCAUCCUGGCCGAUUCCCAGCAGCAGCAAACGUUCCGCAUCAGCCCCAACGACAUCGAGGCUCGCCUCGGAGAGGAGGUGGUCUUGCGCUGCGAGGUGGACCACUUGGCCGGGGAGGUCCAGUGGACCAAGGACGGAUUCGCGCUGGGCUUCACCAACGACAUCGUGGGUUUUCCGCGAUUUUCCCUCAAUCAAAACCACAGCCAGGGCGUUUACAACUUGAGAAUCACGAACACUUCGUACGAUGACGCUGCCAGCUACCAGUGCCAGGUGGGACCCGCCAAACAUAACCGUCCAAUCCGUGCCGGGGCCAAACUGACGAUUCUGGGUUCGCAGAAAGGUCACCGCGGAAUGCACCGUCGAAACUGAGUGCAGUAAUUUUAAU